AUGUAUGAUAAAUCAGCAAGUCAUUUUCAGUAUUUACCAACGCCCAGUGGCCAUCAUCAGCCAAUAACGAAUCAACAACCACCAAUUAAUGCAUAUACUCCAAAUACAUCUUCAUCAUUACAUAUAUCAUCAAUUCCUCAACAAUAUCAACAACCAUCACAAAUAAAUUCAGAUCCUCAUUUUCAAAAUUCAACACAUCAACCACAAAUGUUAAAUUAUAAUCAGCCACCGCAUCAAAUUAUACAACAGCAAACACAACCGCAAUUAUCACAACCAACUACACAAUAUAAUCAAAUGCAUAUACCGACUCAUCUUCAAAAUGUAAUGCAACAACAACAACUACCACAACAUUUGCAUCAAUCAGAUCCAGCCCAAAAUUCAAAUUCAAAUUCAAACUCAAGUAGACGAGGUCCGUGGUCUCCAUUAGAAGAUAAAAAAUUAUUGGAAUUAAUUUCAUUAUAUGGACCAACCAAUUGGGUUAGAAUAUCGAAUAAAUUAGAGACACGUACCCCAAAACAAUGUAGAGAAAGGUAUCAUCAAAAUUUAAAACCAAGUUUAAAUAGAGCUCCAAUAUCGCCAGAGGAAGGUGAGUUGAUUGAAAAAUUAGUUGCACAAUAUGGUAAAAAAUGGGCAGAAAUUUCAAGACACCUAAACGGUAGAUCUGAUAAUGCUAUUAAAAAUUGGUGGAAUGGAGGAGCUAAUAGAAGAAGAAGAGCCAGUUUAGCAACAAGUACAAGUCAAAAUAGUAUAAUCAGUGAAAAUGAAAGAAAAUUAAGUGAUGAUGAAUCUAAGGUAAAAGUUGCAUCAUCUUUACCACAACCACCACAAGCACCUCCUUCUGCGGCUAGUAUGAGUUCUUCAUCAAGUUUAAAUUAUCAAAAUCAACCACAACCACCAAAUACACAUCAUUUACCACAAAUUGCAUUCAAUACUUCAAUGUUUGGUAAUCAAGGUAAUGAAAAAGUUUUACCAAGUAUUUCAAACCCUUUGGUAAAUAAUCAUUCACCAUUAAAACCAUCAAAUUUUAGAUCAGCAAGUUUUGAUAUAAAUUCAAAUACUUUACCACCGAUUUCACAACCAAAUAAAAGAAGAUUGAUUGAUGAUCAAUUUAGUAGAAGACAUUCAAGUGUUCAUUCAAUGUUAUUACAAGCUCAUUCAAAUGGUUCGCAUUCAAAUUUAGCACCGCAUAAUAACAAUCAAUCGCAAAGUGGGAAUGUAUCGCCUUCAUAUCAUGGGUCCCCAUUAAUGUUGAGUACUGCUCAAUCAAGAAAUAAUUCAAUUUCACAUUUUGAAUUAAUUAAUAAUAAUUUAAAUUUGACUAGUAGUUCUUCAAGAAGAUCAAGUUCAAUAGCUCCAGAAUUUUUCCCAAACCCUUUGAAAUCAGAUCAUCAUUUACAAUAUAUCUCGCAACAGCAAAAUCAACAUUAUCAAAAUCAAGCACAAUCUCAAUCUCAAUCACAUAAAAGAAAUUUCUCCCAAAAUUCAUCUUUCAAUUCACCCUCUUUAACUCCAUCAACAAGGUUUUCAAUUUCAUCAACUAAUUCAAUACUAAACCCAAACUCAACAAUCAAUACAUCAUCAUCAAUAUUGACAUCACCAUCACAUUCAUACUACAAGAAUGAAUUCGCAAUGAGUAAUACAUCAAUCAACAAAGUAGAAGAACAAAAUGAAGAUGAUUCAGUGAAAGAUAAAAAGGAAAGAAAUAAUAGUAGUGAUGGCGAUGAUUCAGAAGAUCAUGAAAAUGGAAGUCCAGAUGGUAAACCUCCAAAACUUAAAAUGUCAGUUUCUUCAUUAGUUGAUUAA